AUGGAAUAUCAAUAUUUUGUUGGAGGAAUCAUAGCUUCUGCAUUGUUAUUUGUAUUGGUGUGUAGAUUAGCAGGAAAGAGGCAAAGGAGAGCCUUAAGGGAUACGGUCGACAGAGAUGAAAUAUCUCAGAACUCUGAAAAUGGAAUAAGCCAGUCAGAGAAAAACAUGAAUACAGAUAUAAUUAUUGUUGGAGCAGGUGUUGCUGGUUCUACUCUUGCUUACACUCUUGGCAAGGAUGGACGAAGAGUGCGUGUGAUUGAAAGAGACUUGAGUCUACAAGACAGGAUAGUAGGAGAACUCCUUCAACCUGGGGGCUAUCUGAAACUAAUUGAGUUAGGACUUGAAGAUUGCGUUGAAGAAAUUGAUGCUCUACAGGUAUUUGGAUAUGCUCUAUACAAGAAUGGGAGAAGCACUAAACUUUCCUAUCCCUUGGACAGCUUCGAUUCAGAUGUGUCAGGAAGAAGCUUUCACAAUGGACGUUUCAUUCAAAGAAUGAGGGAAAAAGCUGCUUCUCUCCCCAAUGUAAGAAUGGAAGGAGGAACAGUAACAUCCCUACUGGAAGUUAAGGGGACUAUCAAGGGUGUGCAGUACAAAAAUAAAAAUGGUGAAGAACUCAUUGCAUGUGCUCCACUCACAAUAGUAUGCGAUGGUUGCUUUUCUAAUUUGAGACGGUCUCUUUGCAACUCCAAGGUUGACAUUCCCUUUUGUUUCGUUGCUUUAAUCUUGGAGAAUUGUGAGCUUCCAUAUCCAAAUCAUGGACAUGUUAUUCUGGCAGACCCUUCCCCAAUCUUGUUCUAUCGUAUUAGUAUCUCCGAAAUUCGCUGUCUGGUUGACAUACCAGCAGGCCAGAAACUACCUUCCAUUUCAAAUGGGGAAAUGGCCAACUAUUUGAAAUCUGUGGUGGCUCCCCAGAUUCCUCCAGAGCUGUCCAACGCUUUCCUUUCCGCGAUUGAGAAAGGAAAGAUAAGAACAAUGCCUAAGAGAAGCAUGCCUGCUGCUCCUCAUCCCACUCCAGGUGCUCUCCUUUUGGGUGAUGCAUUUAAUAUGAGGCAUCCCUUAACCGGUGGAGUUAUGACUGUGGCGCUCUCUGAUAUAGUUGUCCUAAGAAGUCUUCUCAGACCUCUUCAUGAUUUAACUGAUGCAUCAGCCCUUUGUGAAUACCUUAAAUCCUUCUACUCACUUCGCAAGCCAAUGGUAUCUACUAUAAAUACAUUAGCAGGGGCCUUGUACAGAGUAUUCAGUGCAUCACAGGAUCCAGCACGAGAUGAAAUGCGUCAGGCAUGUUUCGACUAUUUGAGCCUUGGAGGCGUAUUCUCAAACGGACCCAUCGCUUUACUCUCAGGUCUGAACCCUCGCCCACUGAGCUUGAUCGUCCACUUCUUUGCUGUGGCUGUAUAUGGGGUUGGCCGCUUGAUAUUUCCAUUGCCUUCGGCUAAGCGCAUGUGGAUGCAAGAAUGAUCAAAGUAUGUAUUACAUAGCCAACUACGUUUACAGCAACAGCAGCUCAUGAUUUUUCGUUAACAUUUGUAUCUUAUACAUCUUUCUUUAUUAUUUUUUUUCCUUUCUUCUUUCUU